AUGCUGGGUUCAUCUGACUCUCAGGGCCAAAUGGGCUCCCUUCUGGAUGCACUACUGCGAAACGAACGAGAUACCCUACCUCCCAAGUACGCCGAGUAUGCGCGCGUCGCCAACGUCCGCCUAAACAUCAACAAGAUGGCGACGCGUCCAACGCAACAUCAACAAAAAGUUUGGACUUGCGUCGUCUUCAUCGCCUUUGCGAACCUCGGUCCCCGCCAGGGUUGUCGGGAUGAGGACGAUUACGAAGAACAAGUGGAGGGACAGACUGUCAGGGAUGAGGACGAUUACGGAGAACAAGAGGACGAGGCUGAGGAGAACGAUAGUGAUACUAUGGAGGAAGAUAUCAUUCGGACUUGCUUGGUGGACAAAGAGCGACAAACACAAACUAUUUAA